AUGGGUGUUUGGUAUGUUGAUAGUGGGUGCAAUAACCACGCGACAUCUCAUGAAUCAUUGCUUUAUAACAUUGAUAGAAGUGUGAAGUGUGAAGUGCUAAGUGAAGAUGGGAACAUGGGAAUUAGUUCAAGCUUCUGGAAAAUGACACUUGUUAUUGAGCUGAAGGAUGGUCUUAGUGACUUUAUGGUGAAUAUAUAUGCUGACAGAGAAUUGAAAGAGCUGGUUGCUAGUGUUCCAAUGAAAGGAAAUAGGUGUUUUCCUAUGAAGUUUGAAUUCAUGAACACUGUGAUGGCAAAUAGAGUAACAGUUGAGGAUCACUCAUGGAAAUGA